AUGUUUGCGCCGACGCACACGAGCCUCUCGCCCGCGCUCCUCCGCGUCGUCGAAGCCCUCCUCAUGGACGCGCCUUCCGAGCAUGCGAUCCACUACACGCGCGGGCUCGAGCAGAUCCGCGCCUACAUGCGCAGCCGCCAUGCGGGGCCCGACGGCGCGCCAUUGCCGUUCCGCGACAUGGUGCUCAAGUGGAGCGCCGAGUGGGCCGAGCACGUCGAGAAGGCGAUCGCGUCGCCGAUUGCGAUGGCCACGGAGCGCCCGAUGCUGCCUUUCUUGGAAGGCCUUGUGGGCAUUGACAUUCGUGUCGCCGCGCGCGGCCGGCCCGACGACGCCAUCUACAACGGCGACGAGUACGCGCGCAAGUACUACCCGCGCGGCAACUACGUGGCCAAGUGGGCGCUGGACGCAGCGACGAUCGCGUACUUUCCUCUCGUGCGGGCGUACCCCAAGUUUACGGGCCACGAAGACGACGGGGAGCUCAGCGUAGGCGAUACCACGCAAGCCGCCACCAAUGCCGCUUCGAUUGCCUCGGAAGCGCUCUCAAAGUACUUUACAAAACCCGCGACCGAGACCAAGUCGGUCAUCUCGACCGUGAAGGAGAACGGCGAGGCCGCCCACCUCGCCGUCCUCAAGAAGACCGACGGCUCGUUUGUCUACCUUGUCGGCUCCAAGAACGUGCACAUGGCGAUUUCAACCACAUCCGACAUUGAAAAGGCGAUUGCGAUCGGCUCGACCAACGGCCAAAAUCCAUUUGCGGGCGCCCGCCCCGUCGCAUACGGUCUGUUGCGCAUGCUCGAGGGCCUCUCGCCCGCGAAGCGAUCGAUCUUUUGCGAGUUUUUAUGGCAGACACGGCUCACGGCGUCGUUUGAGCUGCUGUGCCCCAACCACCAGCACGUCGAGCUUCUUUCCGUGCCCGACGACACGCCCGUGCUCUUUGGCUUUUCAUUCCCGACGCUCGGGUCGCUGGACGGCGUCGAGAUUUGCAUGAACCCGCUGCUUGGGUACGCGCUGGGGCGCUACUGCGGCGUCCGCACCGUGCAGUUCGACGUGGUGCCGUACACGGGCGCUGAGUUCAAGGCCGUGCUGAGCGCCAUCAAGACCGGCUACCAGACCGAAGGCAAGGUCAACUUGUAUGUGGAUGGCUCGGGCGCGGUCAUUGGCCUCCAAAAGUACAAGACGGCGUGGUACGUGAGUUUGCGCGCGAUCCGCGAGAAGGCCAAGUCGUUCCUGGUCGCGGUGCUCAGCAAAAAGAAGAAAGUGACGCCGGACGAAGCGCUCGCGCUGACGCAUAAGCAGCUCGAGAAGCGGUUCGUCGCGAUUACGAAUUGGCUCCAGCUCGCAGACGCGGACGCGCAGGCCUACUGCGACCUCGGCAAAGCGUUUGUGACGUACGUCGCAUCGGUGCGGCUCGCGAGCUGCGAUGGCAACGCGAGCGCGCAAAAGACCGUGCAGCACGACGUCACGAAUUUGUUUCCCGUCGUCUGGAAAGAGUUUCUCGAGGCCACGGACCGAUCCGACCGCAUCGACUGCGCGUAAAGUCGAUAGUUUCUAAACCAACGAAUCUGUGUACACUACGAGAACCAAC